AUGGGGAAAAUUGGAAAGAAAGAGCUUUUAUUGAAGGUCUUGGCUUUUGUAUCGACUGCACUUCUUUCUAUCAGUUUUGCGUUUCCCGAAUGGAUAAGCUUUCCAACAGGAGAGACAACGGGGAUUUUCCAAAACUGUUUCAGCGAAUUUGAAUCUAGUGCUGAUGCCAGUGAUGAAGAGAACGAUACUGUUCCCGAGCCGGAGCCAGAGCCUGACUGCAUUGUCAAGACGAGUGAAGAGUUUGAGAAUGAGCUUUGGACAAUUGUUCCGAUUUCCGGCGGCGUUUUUCUUUCAAUUAUUGGGUUUGUUCUCAUUGGCAUUGACAACAAGGGUCGAUUAUCUAAAGCUGGAGCAGUUAGUCAGGUGAUUGGAGCACUAAUUUAUUUUACUGGCGUAGCGGUAUGGCUCUCAAAGGAUUACGACAAGCCAGAUGCUCAAAUUGGUUGGGCUCUCAUUGUUGGAAUUAUUGGGAUCUGUAUGAGCUUGAUUGUCGGGCUUGCUUCUCGGCUAACUCGCCUCUCCUGCAAUAGAAACCAAAGUUAUGAAACUACCGAUGAAACAACAGCAAAUCCUUUCCCAGAAGACCCCGUUCCCGAUACUGACACCAUUCCUGAAACUCAUACUGCUAUGUAG